UUCUGUGUUAAGCAACGGAGCCCUAAAUUUGAUCAGGGGUUUCGUUGAUUGUUCAUUGUAAAUUUUAUUUUUCAUACGGGGAAGUUGAGGUUCUUUUCUGAUUCUGACGAAUUGAAUUUCGGGAACAAAAUGGCGAAUGUGGUGAGGAGCUGCAUUCAAUCGAUAUUGAAGCUGGUGAACUCGGUCAUUGGAAUGGCUGGGUUAGCCAUGAUUCUAUAUGCUGUAUGGAUGAUUAGGUAUUGGCAGAGGGAGACAGGCGAGCUUCCGUUUGGUGGAGAUUCUGAUUACCCUGCUCCCUGGUUCAUUUACACGUUCCUGGGCCUUGGAGUUGCUUUCUGUGUGAUCACUUGCAGUGGUCAUGUCGCUGCUGAAACUGCCAAUGGAUGUUGCCUUUACUUGUAUAUGUUGUUUAUCCUCAUACUCCUCAUGCUAGAGGCUGCAGUUACUGUUGAUGUACUUCUAAACCGGGACUGGGAGAAGGACUUUCCAAAGGAUCCGGUGGGAAAUUUGGAUCGGUUCAAGAAUUUUCUCAAGUCAAACUUUGAAAUGUGCAAAUGGGUAGGCCUGUCAAUUGUUAUUGUACAGGGGCUUUCCUUAUUACUGGCAAUGAUACUCAAAGCUCUCGGACCUCAUCAGUGUUAUGACAGUGAUGAUGAAUAUGCUCCAGAAAGAGCUCCACUCCUGAAUAAUCCUGCUUAUCCACCUCCUUAUGUUGUUGUUGAUCCUGGAUAUGGAUCGAAAAGAUGAUGAGAAGAAUGUAAAGAUUAGUAACAAGUUGGAGCCCAUCAGCCCAGCAUUUGGAGUUUGUUACAGAAAGGCAAAACAAGUCUCUUUCAGACCAUCAGCUGGAAAUGGAACAGCUAUUGAAUCGAUUGGGGAAAACCAAACUAUCUCACCUUAUAAGGAAUCUCUUACACCAUACUCAUGGCAUAUAACAUGCUCUUUAUUGCAUUGUAUUGAUCAGUGUCUUGUAGUGAAUAAAGUCCCGAACCUCUUAAUAUCUCCCUGCACCUUCUGUUGAAAGCAAUAUAGCUCAUAGCUGGAUGUCAGAUCAACACGUGAAUAAAUAUUCUUUGAAUUACUUGGUGGCAAUUCAUGUUCCCAUUAUGACCAAA